CACUACUCACUAUUACAACUACAAUUUGUUAAGGGUACUAUGGAAGUGUAGCUUUAUCAUCAUUCAUUCAAAAAUAAAAAUAUGAAAAACACAAAAGGAAUGGUCCAAUAAAUUAAUUAUAUUCUUUGCUUUAAAAAUGGUAAUUGUAAUUUUGUAAUGCAAACUGUUGCACUAUCCAAUAUCCAUCGUUAAUUCAUUCCGUCAGGAGCAGUUGUCCAACCGUUAACAUCACAUUCAUAUCGCAUCACUCAACAAGUAAAGAACAACUUAUAAGUCUAAAGUUGGAUUUUUUUUUUAUCUUUUAGUCAUUUUGGGUGCUGAUAAAGCAUAAUUUUGAGAUGGGUUUUUAGUUUUCUUGAGAGAUCUGUGUUGAAGCUGCGCAAAAAUGGAGCCUCCAACUGGGUUUUGGGCUUCUUUAUGGCACUUUUUAUGCUUUCUUCCAUUUUUCAUUGGUCUUCUUCUUCUGGGCACAAUCAAAGGAACUUUAUUUUGCCCUUUAGUAUGCUUAUUGAUGACAGUAGGGAACAGUGCAAUUAUCUUGGGACUUUGGCCAGCACACCUGUUUUGGACAUAUUAUUGCAUUUUGAGAGCAAAGCAAGUAGGACCUGUUUUGAAGCUUGUGUUGUGCCCUUUUAUCUUCGUUGUUUUGAUUCUCUGGCCUAUAGUUGGCAUUGUUGCAAGUGUAAUAGGAGGAGCAACAUAUGGCUUUCUUUCACCAGUAUUUGCUACUUUUGACGCUGUUGGAGAAGGAAAGGAAAAUGAAUUUUAUCAUAGUGUCUAUGAUGGAACUUGGAGUACUGUUAUGGGUUGCUUCACUAUUAUCAGAGAUUUCAACGAUGUUUGUUUUCAUUCAUAUUUCUCUAUUAUGGAUGAGCUGCGAGCUCGUGGUCCUCCAGAUGCAAAAUAUUACGAGAUUAGAAUAAUUCAUUUUCCUGGAGCUAUUGUGGCUGGUGCUCUUGGUCUUUUGAUUGAUGUGCCUGUUAUCUCACUUCUCGCGUUGUUCAAAAGCCCAUACAUGCUCUUCAAGGGGUGGAAGCGUCUACUAGAUGACAUGAUUGGACGAGAAGGUCCUUUUCUUGAGACGAUAUGUGUCCCUUUUGCUGGUCUUGCUAUUCUCCUCUGGCCAUUGGCUGUUGUUGGGGCAGUUUUGGGUUCCAUGGUUUCCAGUGUCGUCCUAGGUGCUUAUGCAGGGGUGGUGGCUUAUCAGGAAUUCUCCCUCCUGAUGGGGCUUCGGUUUGUGCUUGCUGCACUGGCCAUUUAUGACGAGUACAGCAAUGACGUCCUUGAUAUGCCGGAGGGAACUUGUUUUCCGAGGCCUUCUUACCGGAAGAAGGAUCCGUCAUCACAGACUCCCUUCAGAGCUCCUUCUUUCUCAAGACCUAAUUCUUUCCAAAAGGUUCCUUCUCAAAAUAGAUCCGUAAAGCGUCCGAUGGUCGACCUAAAGCCAAUUGAGCUACUAGCUGACGUGUUUAAAGAAUGUCAUCGCCAUGGUGAAGUACUUCUCUCCGAAGGGAUAAUAUCCGUAAAGGACAUAGAAGAUGCUAAGUCCGGUAAAGACAACCAGGGUGUCAUCAGCAUUGGUUUGCCUGCUUACUCCAUCUUACAAAUGCUUAUAUACUCGGCAAAAGCUGAUUCUAACGGCCUCCUGUUAAGUGAUAACACGACUGAAAUAACUAGCACAAAUCGGCCAAAGGAUACGUUCUUUGACUGGUUUUUGAACCCACUUUUGAUCCUGAAGGAACAGAUCAAAGCAGAAAACCUGUCUCCUGCAUUGGAAGAUUACCUUGGUAAAUUAGUAUUACUGAGUGGAGAUCCCAAGAGACUUCAAAGUUUUUGCCCUGAAAACAUCCCUGAAUACGAAAACAAAAGAGCAGAGCUCGAGGCAUUGGCUCGAAGGCUUCGUGGGAUCACAAAAUCAAUCUCGAGAUAUCCAACAUUUAGACGCCGUUUUGAAGCUCUCACCAAACUCUUACUAGAAAAUAUUGGGAAGAAGAGUGGCAAAGAGUAUUCUAACAAUGGAUUUGGAUUUGGAUCUGGAUCAGCUCCAAGGACAAGAAGUAGCAUAGUUCGAUUCUUGAGUGAAAAAUCUUUCAAACGAAAUAAAAGUGAUAAUAGUUCUGAUAGUGACUCGCGUAAUCCCUUUGAUAAAGAUAUUGAAAUACAAUGAUUUGGAAACUAUGGAAGUUCAUCGUGUAUAUAAGUGUUGUAUAUUGCAAUUGCAACUCCAGAUAUUUGAGAUUUUGAGCUUUGAUGAUGUAAAAUUGUAUUUGCUGAACGAUAAUUGAUCAAUUAGUUGAAGUUUCAAAAUUCUUUUUGUUGGAA